CCCAUUAAACAAAAUACUUUUUUAUUUUUUAAAACACAUAAAUAAAGAAAAGCCACGUGGAUUCAUAUGAAAGAGAGAGCUCACACACGAGGUGUGUUUCGCUUGAUAUAUGCCGAUUCCAGGCUGCAGUCAUCGGAUUAUAUUUCCUUUCAAUGAGAUGCACAUUUAGGGAGUUGAGAUCCUGGACUGUCAUAAGCACUAAGCAUGGAAGACUCAUGUUCAGUCAGUAGUCCCAGAAGAAUUGUCAGUCUAUCAAAGAGGAGGCAGGCAAGUGUGUCCUUUGAAGACCCAGAUGAUAAGUCGUCCAGGUUUGGGGAGCCUGGAGAACACGGUCCAAAACCUUCAGAGGUUUAUGGAUUUGUAGGUUCCAUCACAACCAUCGUAGCUACAGCUGUUUUCUUGGUAUGGGCAUAUGUUCCUGAGACUUGGCUACAUUCUAUUGGGAUCUUCUACUAUCCUAGCAGGUAUUGGGCACUGGCCAUACCUACAUACGCAAUGGUGACGAUAGUAUUAGCUCUGGGAUUUUACAUAGGCCUUAACUUCAUGUCCACUCCUCCCCCUACUUCCUUGAACACAAUUUUUGAUGAAUUCAGUAGAGAACCCUCGAGUUUUGAGCCUUCCAUGGAGGGUGAUGAUCAGCCCAUUGAACCCUAUUCUGAUAUUGGCAUUGAUAGAAUCAAUCACCUCAUGUUUAAUGAUGUUAAAUGACCUGUUAAUUUGAUAAUGGCUAUAUUAACAUAAUGUAUGUUUUAAGUAAAACAAAUUAAAUAUUUUUAUUUCUUUUA